GCGGCCGGCACGUUUGGCGCGCUUGCCCGGCCCUGUGCGCCCGACGCUCAUGUGCUGCUCCCUGCUCGGCCUGACUGCAGACCGACCUUACCGAGAGGUUCCGGACUGUCUGAAGUCACGCCAGACAAACCCUCAGAGCUGGAGACACCGUAGAAGUGACAGCCAGCUUGACCUGAGCGCUUCCUAAGGGCAGGCCCUGCUCCAGACGCUUGUGCUGUGGUCAAGCCUUGGUCCCUCGCCACACCCUCUGUGGCCAGCCUUUCCUAGGCAGCACAGGGAAAUUUCCCCGGCACUUAGAAAUCUCGCGGAGCUGAGAUUCAGACCCAGGUGGAGCUCACCUGUGAUAAUGGUUCUCCGCUAGCCAACGACAGUGGAAAUUUCCAGGGUGGCCACAUGACUAUUAUUAGGCAAAUAGUCGAUUUUAAAUAUUUGUGGACACAACUUUUACACAUUGGGAUUCCUAAAUUUAAAAUUCGUAACUCUUCUUUCCUGAUGCAUCUAUGUACCACCAAUAUAAAGCUCAUGUAUAUAUAUGAUCAUAUAUAAAUCAUAUAUAACAUAUACUAUGCAUGCAUGUUACACAUUGUACAACAUUUGCUUUACUAAAAGAGUUGUGUCUUUAAGAUGGCUUUACUUGCAGGUCACAUGGUUUUAGCAAUCUAUGGAUGCUACCUGAAUGUACUACCUACUGAAAUACUAUUAUACUGUAUUUGCUCACUCAUCCUCCAAUUUUGUGAGGGUUAAAAUGAGCCAAUACGUGCAACAUGGCGGAGUGGGAGGAACACACUGAAGGAUAGCUGGUCUUAUCUGUUGCUAUCCUGCCAUCCAAAGACAUUCAGAAAUUACUGAGGCAUUUCUGUUCCCGGAACCAAAACGCGAGAGUGUCACCCUAGAGAUAAGCCUUCUGUUAAUGUGUGGGCCAAGUCCCCACACCUAGUAAAAGCACCUUAGUCAUUGCUCAAGAGGAGUAGCAAUUAGCAUGGAUUCUCAUGACUCUGUAAAAAAUCCUGAAGAAAAGGAAUAUUCUUCUGUCUGUGUUGGCAGAGAAGCAGACAUUAAAAAGUCUGAAAGAAUGACAGCUGUUGUCCAUGACAGAGAAGUGGUUAUUUUCUACCACAAAGGAGAAUAUCAUGCUAUGGAUAUUCGCUGUUAUCAUUCAGGAGGACCUCUACAUUUGGGAGAAAUAGAGGAUUUUGAUGGACGAUCAUGUAUAGUUUGCCCUUGGCAUAAAUACAAAAUUACUUUGACAACAGGAGAAGGACUCUACCAGGCCAUAAAUCCUAAAGAUCCAUCAGCAAAACCCAAGUGGUGCUCCAAAGGAAUAAAGCAAAGGAUCCACACAGUGACAGUGGAAAAUGGGAAUAUUUAUGUGACUCUUUCUAAGGAACCUUUUAAGUGUGACUCUGAUUUUUAUGCUACUGGACAGUACAAAGUAAUUCGAAGUUCCUCUUGAUAAAAGUGAAAAAUGUGUGUGUUUUAUAACAUUGUACAAUAACUUUGUUUCGAUACCAAAGAUUAAUUUUUCAACAUAGAUACAAGUAUUACUGAUCUUUAAAGUUGAUACAGACUUGCGAAGAUUUAAAGCACAGGUACUUAAAUGUAUAUUGCUAAGGAUAUACCAUGAGGACAACGAGAUACCUUUCAUCCAGGCCUCUGGAUUGGUCGGAACCUGAAGGUGGUAAGGUGGGAUGUUCAAUUGAAGUCAAAAUGAGUAAUAGGUAGGAAGUAUGAUUUAGCACGGGAAAUCUUUGACAGAAGUAAGUCCCUUUUUGAUGUAGUAAACUAUCUAAUGUGUACAAAGUAAAAAGGAUGAAACCCUUGCUUCAAUUGAUACCUCCGCAGAUCCCACCUCCCUGUUUGUUAGUUGUACACUUUUCAGGGUAAAAUUGAAGUUCAUGGGAAUUUUCCUCUGAUGUGCAGUUUUUCCAAAUACACAGCAGAUGUUGCACACUUUAAAAUACCUCCCAAAACAGAUGAAUUUAUGUACUGCACUUAAUGAGAAACUCACUGAUGUGCUGGAGGUCAAAUACGCCUUGGCUCGGUUUCUCUUUGGACAAGGAAUAUUCUCAAAAGAAGGUUCUCAUAGCUCCUGCCCCGCCACUAGACAAGUCUCCUGUUCAGUGAACCCAUGUCCUUUGCUUAUAUGAAAUUUUCAACUAAAAGAUUUAUUUUUUUAAAGAGGGAACUUUGUGCAUGUGUGCACAGCUGUUUCCUAUCAAUGUUAUAGGAAGGAGAUACCUGGAAUUUUGUUCCCAUAGUUCACAGGCAGGGUUAGUUGGUGUUCAGUCGGUUGGGCUGGUUUCCCGUAUGCCAGUUACUUGUGGCCAGUGCUGUUCUGAUUGCCUGAUGCCUGCACCAUCCAUGUUGUUAAGAAUUUAGAAUUAUCAUGCUGUGUGUAAGUCACACAGAACUCAGCAGUACAUGGUAGGGAUGGAAGAGUAAAUGGGUCCAGGUAGGAUGAGGACUGUUUGCUAAGAGUAGACCCUUGUCUCAAGGCACAGUGAUCUUCAAUGUAGGCAUAAAUGUAGAGCCAGACCUAAUACUUAACAUUCAGAGGGGCCCACCUGGACUCUUUCCCCUGGUUAUUAUAAAGUUAUUAAGUGAAUAAGGUAUGUAACAAACUCUACCCAUGGGCCCUUUGCUUUGUAGUACUGUAUUUUCUUUUGGGGAGUAUAUGAGAAAAUACAUUUGUUACUCAUUUCUCAGACCACUAAUAAACCAGGUUUGGGCUUUUUAUAAAUAGCAGCUUCACUGGGUACAGAGCAUGUAGGGUGAGUUCAUCCCAGCCUAUUUUUUGUCAUGUGAUAAUUCUUAAAUGACCACUAAGGUCUUAUUGUAUGUCCAGAAUUUCAGGGCAUGGGAGAAACAACAGAGUACCUCCGGGAGGCAAAAACUAUGACCCUGGUUUGCAGUGCCAAUUACAGAAGCAUUUUUUUCUCAGGAGCAAAUGACAAUAAUGAGUAAUGUGCGCUUGGUUUCUUGUUCUAAUCUGUGUCUUUAAAUCUGGAAAUAUGAAAAACAAAAUAUUGGUUACAUUGCCAAGUGUGCCUGUAGUGCCAGCUACUCCGGAGGCUGAAGCAGAAGGAUCACUUGUUCCUGGAGCUCAAGGCAGCAUGGUAACAUAACAAGAGCCCAUCUCUUAAAAGAAAAAGACACAUCAGUACCUCUGGUCUUCAUGUAUAGAGACAUAUAUGAUUACAACUCUCACAACAGUAAUAAAAACUUCAUAGGCAGACUCAAACUCUACAGCCCGUAGAUAUACAGUAAAUGUCCUUUUACUAUCUCUGAAAAAAAAUAUGCAGUAUGUGACCAGGUGACCCUGUGGUAGAUGAAAUCAAAUGAUGUGUCUGCUGGGAAGGAGGGUCAAGAAGGGUAGGGCUCUGGAUAAGGUUCUUUCCCCCCCAGAUAGAUGCCCAAAACAGCUUUUUAAUAAAAACAUGAAUUAUGAAUUUGCUCGGAGUAUGAGCCACAGUGUAAAGUCUAACCCACCAGAAUGAAUUUUUUAGCUCAUGAAAAAUACUGUAUAGUCACACACAUAGUCUACAUCAAGAUUUUAUUUUUCUCUACCAAAUAAGUACUACAGAAUGACACUUAGUAGUAGUUGUAGCUGCUCUCCCCCUUCUUUCUUAAAGCAGAACAUACAUAUAUGUGUACUGAUCUCCUGGCUUUGUCCGAUGAAACAUGUCAUUAGAUAUGGAGCUCUUAAGCUCUGGUCAGUGCUGUUGUGUUCAUAUUUGCUCAUUCAUUUCAGCUGACUGGUCAAACACCGAGUGUAAAACCUGGAUCUUGUUCUGCUUGUUAGCAGGAAGUUUGGGAUGAUAUGAAAUGUCUGGCUUCUCUGUCAAUGACCUGUAAGGUUUUGCUUUGAUUUCACCUCCGGGAAACAUCGGCUCUGAGAGCACUGGCUCUGAAAAGGCUUUUCUAAAAUUUUCACUUUCUCUGUUUUGCUUUAGUACUUCCUCUUCUUCACAAAUGUUCUUUAUCUUCUCCAGCACAGCAUUAAUACAUAUUGCC